UCGGUGAAGAUAACAUAAAAAUCCAAAGUUGCUGUUCUGAAUGCACUACAAAAUAAAUAAAUAAUAUAUAGAUAGGAUAUUGGAUAUUACGAAAUUGCCUCUUGCCUGGCGAGAACCCAUUUGUCCGCAUAGAUAGAAGAUAGAUGUCAAAUUAUUAUCUUUACUUUAGCACCACCUAAAGGCUAAAACCUGUCAUUGUUGCGUGGGGCUGGCCCAAUGUUCUGUGCAUAUUUUACAGAGUUUGACUAAUGUAUUAAUCGUAUUAAUAUUUUUUAAGCCUGGCGUGGGGAAGUUUCAAAUUGCAGAUGAUGGUCUGUUAAUGUCAAUUUAUUAGCACAUAUAACUGUACGUUUACUUCGAGAUUAUUCGUAAAUCAACAAUCUAGCAACCGACUCGUUGCACUGUUCGUUGUAGUGGGGGGAAUAUUUCGAGUAGCUCCGUUUUCCAUUCGGACUGAAUAACACGACGGGCCACUUAUAGAAUUUCAGUGUUCGGGUCAGCUUGUAACAGCAAUGUAUCUAUAAUAAUACAAUAUAAAAACACGAGCGUAUCUGCAGUUUAGUAUACGAGGGAUUAUAUUUAUUAAGGUACAAUAUUCAGUGGUGUGUGUUUCACUGAUCGAGUCCGGAUGCACUUCUCAUUCGCAAGAGAAAUCCAUGUGACCUUAAUUUGGAACGACAGAGUUGACUAAAGAAAGACAACCAAAUCUGGAUUCUUUCCUGUGACAAACAAUACCCUUUCCAGCAAAAAAACUAGGGGGAUUACUUUUGUAGACAAUGGCUUUGGUCACAAACAGACUCAUGUGUAUUAAAAACAGUCGUGCAUACCUUAAAGCAAGCUUGUACCCUCUGUCCAAUGGGGUACCCCCUGAACAGGCGCACACCCGGCGCUAUCGCAGGCCUGGUGUGCCACCAGAAAACAUUCCUCCCUGGAAGAGAAUUAACUUGAACUUUGCCAAGGGUGUAGAGGGUGUGAAAAAGCACUUUGGCCUCCUGAAAAAAGAGAUGCUGGAUCGUUUCGAGGGACCAGAAGGGAGACCCUUGAAGGAACACAUUCUGGAGCAGACGCGGGUGAUCUGGGAAUUCCGGGGCCCGGAAAGCCUGGCACAUUGGGUGGCGUCUUCAGACAGGGAGAUUGGAGGGAAGAGUGAGGCAUAUAUGAAAAUGGGUAGAAACAACCUUACCGUUCUGCUGUAUGGGAACCUCUGCACUGAGGUUCCCAGAGAUGGGGAGACAAGAUAUAGUGGGUACUGCUCACUACGAUCGAAGCAGUUACUGGGUGCUUUUGAUCGUAAGAAGCACCAUGACUGGUCCAGUUUCAAUUCCCUGUACCUGCGUAUUCGAGGAGACGGGCGACCGUGGAUGAUCAACAUUGCAGCCGAAACAUAUUUCUCUCAUCAGAAGGACGACAUGUACAACUAUUUCCUCUUUACUCGGGGUGGACCCUACUGGCAAGAUGUAAAGAUUCCAUUUUCAAAGUUCUUUCUUUCCAGCCGUGGGAGAAUACAAGACAGCCAGCAUCCUCUCUGGUUAGACAAGAUCAACACUAUUGGCUUUACCCUGGGUGACAAAGCUGAUGGGCCAUUUCAGCUGGAGAUUGACUUCAUUGGUGUGUGCAACGAUCGGGCACACACAGAGGAGUUUGCUUAUGAGAAGUACAAGAGGAAUCCGGAAGUUUAACUUCUCAUAUUGACUGAGCUUUGGGAAGAUAUGCAUGUAAAAGUAUUGAAAUAUACUCUAUAUGAACAGACCAUUUGCAAGUGUAUUGGUUUUCAGAACAGGUCUCUACAAGGUAAACUUGCAGAGGGGCAGAAUCAGAUACAUUGAUGUAUAGUUAGAAGUGUUUAUACAUUUACAAGAACAUUCUCUAUAUACCUGUAUACUGUGAAUAUUUAAUGACCUUGGCUGAAUUUCAUAAAACCUGUGUAAACAAUAGUACAUCAACAUUAAAAGAAACUAUGGUACUUA